AUGUCUCAGUCGCUGCGACCCUACCUUCAAUGUGUCCGGUCGUCCCUGACCGCCGCACUCACUGCUUCCAACUUCGCAUCGCAGACGUCGGAAAGACACAAUGUGCCCGAAAUCGAAGCUGCAACCUCUCCAGAGCUUUUGCUGAAUCCUCUUACCGUCGCCCGUAAUGAGAAUGAGAAAGUCCUCAUCGAGCCUAGUGUCAACAGUGUCCGAGUUAGCAUCCGAAUAAAACAGGCAGACGAGAUCGAACAUAUCCUCGUACAUAAGUUUACCCGAUUCUUGACGCAGCGCGCAGAGUCAUUUUUCAUCUUGAGACGGAAGCCGGUCAAGGGAUACGAUAUCUCCUUCCUGAUCACCAACUUCCACACGGAAGCCAUGUUGAAGCACAAGCUGGUGGACUUUAUUAUUCAGUUCAUGGAGGAGGUGGACAAGGAAAUUUCAGAGAUGAAACUUUUCCUGAACGCGCGUGCCCGUUUCGUAGCAGAAUCUUUCUUGACUCCGUUUGACUAA